AUAGGGUAUUAUGAUAAAAAUUAAAUAAACGCUUCCAAAAUAUUUUCAAAAAUUUCUUUUCUCGUCGUUUUACAUUACAAUCCAAUUAUACUUUUCUUUUUAUGUGAGAUUUUUAUUAGCUACAAAAUGGAUUCAAAAAUGGACACAACUCCGGUAGAAGAAUAUCCCCCUGUGAAUUGGGGCAAUGAGAAAUUAGAAGAAGCACAAGAAGCGGUCAGAGAAAACCAAUGGGAUGUCGAAUCUUGGGCGAUAUUGCUACGUGAAGCUCAAACCAGAUGGAUCAAUGAUGUCCGAUCUUUUUUUGAAAAGCUUGUUGAAACUUUUCCAACGUCAGGCCGUUAUUGGAAAUAUUACAUAGAAAUGGAGAUGCGAGGUCGAAAUUUUGAGAGAGUAGAAAAGCUAUUCCAACGUUGUCUUGUGAAAGUGCUCAACAUUGAAUUGUGGAAACUUUACCUCGCUUAUGUCAAAGAAACCAAAGCUCUUUUGCCUACUUACAAGGAAAAAAUGGCACAAGCAUAUGAUUUUGCAUUAGAAAAAAUUGGCAUGGACAUUCAUUCACACAACAUAUGGCAAGACUACAUAACAUUUUUGAGUAGCGUCGAAGCAGUUGGGUCGUAUGCCGAAAAUCAAAAGAUCACAGCCAUCAGAAAGGUAUACCAAAGAGGUGUUGUGAAUCCUAUGAUAAGCAUAGAGCAACUAUGGAAAGAGUAUUUAGCGUUCGAACAGAGCAUUAACAUUAUGAUCGCCGAUAAGAUGAUGAUCGAACGGAGUAGGGACUAUAUGAAUGCCAGGAGAGUUACCAAAGAGUACGAAGUAGUUAUUAGAGGAUUGAAUAAAAAUUUCUUAAGUGUUCCACCCACAGGCAACAUGGAUGAGAUGAAGCAGGUGGAACUUUGGAAAAAGUACAUAAUCUGGGAAAAAUCAAAUCCCCUGAACACUGAAGACACGGCACUCAUCACGAGAAGAGUGAUGUUUGCUUUCGAUCAAGCUCUGUUGUGUAUGAGCCAUCAUCCCGAUUUUUGGUACGAAGCAGCACAGUUUCUAGAUGGAAGCUCAAAAAUUUUAGCCGAAAAAGGAGACAUAUCGGCCGCUAAACAAUAUAGUGAUGAAGCAUCUAAUGUUUAUGAAAGAGCAAUUGGAACGGUCUUAAAAACAAGUAUGUUAUUGCGUUUCGCUUAUGCCGAUUUCGAGGAAGGUCGAAUGAAUUAUGAAAAAGUACACAAUAUUUACAAAAGUUAUUUGGAAAACGAACAUGCCGAUCCAACCUUGACUUACGUCCAGUAUAUGAAGUUUGCCCGUCGAGCUGAAGGUAUUAAAGCGGCACGAGCAGUAUUUAAAAAGGCCAGGGAAGAUUCGAGGUCCAAAUAUCAUGUGUACGUCUCUGCCGCCUUGAUGGAAUAUUACUGCAGUAAAGAUAAAAACAUAGCGUUUCGCAUAUUCGAGCUUGGUUUAAAAAAGUAUUGUGACAAUCCUCAAUACAUUCUCAGCUAUAUCGACUACCUUUCCCAUCUCAAUGAGGAUAACAAUACAAGAGUAUUGUUCGAAAGAGUUUUAUCAAAUACUAGUUUAGAAGCGGAAAAAUCUGUAGAAAUUUGGAAUCGUUUUCUUGAAUUUGAAUCGAAUAUUGGAGAUUUGUCGAGUAUAUUGAAAGUAGAAAAACGAAGAUCGGCCGUUCUUGGCAAACUCGUAGAGUUUGAAGGUAAAGAUACUGCUCAACUUGUGGACAGAUACAGAUUUUUGAAUUUGUUUCCAUGCACGAGUCCCGAGUUGAAGUCGAUUGGAUAUAACGAAGUUUCCAAUACGGCAUCAAAAACGAUGCACAACUCGCAGCAAAGAUCUGCCAUUACUGAUGGAUUAGAUGAUUUGGAAAACCGACCGAAUGAGAAACAGUUACCGGAACCCGAUGUUUCUCAAAUGGUACCAUACAAACCAAAACUGAAUGCAUUUCCGGGCGAACACAUAGUGAAAGGAGGAACGUUUCCACCACCUCCAGCUGCUUGUCAACUUAUGCAAGUGUUGCCGCCUCCUGGAUGUUUCCACGGGCCAUUUGUUUCCGUAGAUAUGCUUAUGGACAUUUUCCAUCGACUCAUUCUUCCUGAAAAAGCACCAGCGCCAAAAGCGGAUAACGGUUGUGACGUUAAAUUGUUUGAUACUGCCGUUUCGGUGCAAUGGGCAAACGAGGAUUUGGGUGCCCAUGGCGGACCUAACAAAAAGAAACGGAGAAUAGGAGGACUAUCGGGUAAAGGGGAAGAUAGUGACGAGGACAUAAAUUUAGCUCCUCCGGCCAAUGAUCUUUACCGUGCCCGACAGCAAAAACGUGUAGUGAAAUGACAUGAUGUUCGGCUGUCCAUCACUUCCAAUUAAGAGGAACCAACUGCGUUUACACAAAUAUUUUGACUGUACGUUAAACGUAAAUAUUUAUCCUAUUCGAUUAUUAUUAAUCAUAAUUAUUUUAUAGUUUUUUAUUUAUAUUGCAUGUAUUUUUUUGUAUGAUAUUUGUCCAACUGCGACCGAGUAGCUCUAAACUUAUAUUUUUGUACAUGAAGUCGUGAAUCGAGCUCGACUAUCUGACUUGAGAAAUUCUAGCCUGCUUAGAGUCUGAUGUAUGUAAUUGACAAAUAAAUGGAGAUACUUAUUAUACUCUUGGAAAGCAGUGAGAAAAUAAAACAAAUCAAAGCAUUCGUUUUUAA